ACGAGCAAAUCAAUUUCCCCCAAUCCGCUACUCUCUUUGAAUAAAUAGUUGUCGGAAACGCGCCCUCCCACUGAUCUCUGUGUAAUGCUCGGCGUAGUGUCAUUCACUGAUCACACACAGGGGCUGCAUUUAAGCCUGGGAGACCUGGGGGGGAGAGCUAGAUGCUGAUGCUGGUUUAAAAAGCGAGGAAAAAAAUAAACUCCCCAAAAACUACCACCAUGAGUAUGAACUACGCGUCUGCGGCGCCCACGCAGAGGUCCACGUCGUUUUUCAUUGAGGACAUCUUAUUGCACAAACCUAAGCCGCUGAGAGAGGUCAUCCCCUCUCCGUUCUGCGGGACCCUCGCCUCCCGGAUGCCCAUCCUCGAGUACGGAUACCCGCUGAUGCCGACCCCGAUACUGGCGCCGCAUCCGCACCAUCCUCUCCACAAGCCGGAGCAUCACCAGUACUUCUUCACAUCUGGGAUGCAGAUGCCGGCCCUGUUCCAGCACCACGCGGAGCUACCGGGGAAGCACUGCAGACGCAGGAAGGCCCGGACGGUGUUCUCCGACUCGCAGCUGUCCGGCCUGGAGAAGAGGUUCGAGAUCCAACGGUACCUGUCCACCCCGGAGAGAGUGGAGCUGGCCACAGCGCUCAGUCUGUCUGAGACACAGGUAAAAACGUGGUUCCAGAACCGGCGGAUGAAGCACAAGAAGCAGCUGAGGAAGGCGCAGGACGAGCGGAAGACGCCCGGCGAGCUGGAGCGGUCCGCGGACAACUCCAGCGAGAGCGAACUGAACGACAAGAGCGCGGAGGAGCUCAAACACGGACUGGAGGCGGACUCGUACAUGCUGGAUGAGAACGACGACGACGACGUGGACAUCGAGGACGACAUUUGCUCCCCGGACCAUCUACUAUAGUAGGCUGCAGAGUCGUUUUGUACCCGGCGGCGACCCUCACACUGUACAUGUACUGUAGAUAACACUGACUCUCUUUCUCCUUCCAUUACAAAUAUAUAACUCACUGUUUUACAAAAAUAUUAACAAUGUUAAUAUUUAUUCACACAUGCAGAGUGGGCCUAUUGAUUUUUUACAGUUGCCCCUUUUACUCUAUGUAUAGAAUUUUCGUAUUGUUAUGUCUGACAAAACAUAUUAUUAUUAUUAUUAUUAUGAUUAUUAUUAUUAGCAGCUAAUAUUACUAAAAAGUCUACAUUUGUCCAUUUUGAAAUGUCACUCUAUUUUAAGGCUGACAUUGUGUACAGAUGAUUAUAAAUAAUGGAUGCUUUGGAAGAUAGGCCUAUAGACGCAUCACGCUGCCCCAUCCUUUUUGCACUUUUAUCCCAAACGAAUUUCUCUAUUCUACUCUUUUACUGUUAUUAUUAAUAUUAUUUCUCAACUUGUCUACUUCUGAUAUUUUAUUUGUAGUUUUGUCCAUAUUGUUGGAAGUUUUGUAAAUCAAAGACACUGUGCGUCAGUGGCUGCCAUUUAUAUUUUGUCUGUAAAUAUAUAUAUAUAGUAUAUGAA